CUUUUUUCCUCCCCUGAUCGCAACGCUAUGCGGCCACACCGGAGCGUCUCCUCUGCAUCCAACAUUCCGAUGAUCUCGAUGCUCUUCGAGGUGGGGCUAAAUCCAGCGCCUUUCCAAUCACGUCGAGUGGGCGGAGCCUGACUCUCGCGCUCUCUUCGCUAUGUCGCCGCCAGCCCUGCCUGUGCUGAACAUGACAAAAAGCGAGAGGAUGGAGCGAGUGAAGUAAAUCCCUGCUGUUUUAUUCCUCACAGCCACUUUUCCUUUCUUGUUUUUAGAAGACGGAGCGGGGUUUGGAUACAGGAAAAGCAUUACUAGUUGAGAGCAGCUGUCUGUCUGGUUUAGACUCGCAGCCCACAGCAGUUCAGAUCAGAUUUCACAUUCAGCUUCGACCAGCUCAGCUGAGGGAAGCAACCAGAGAGGGCUCGUUGCUCCGCGCUCUCCCUCUCUAACGCCACCUUUUUUCUUUUUUUCUUUUUCCCUCCCCUGUUGGCGGAGCGUCUCUAAAACGCUCAUAGGAAGAAAUACCAGGAUUUAUUUCCCUUCUCCUCCGUCCUCCCUUCUUCUUCUCCUCUUCUUCUUCUUUUUUUUUUUUACUGUAUUUAUUUUUACAGGAAAUUAUCAGCGUUGGCGACAAAUAGAAUUAGAUAAAAAAUAAAGGGUGGCCGAAGACAUGGACGAGCAGCCGAGGUUGAUGCACUCUCACACGGGGGUAGGCAUGGCGGGGCACCCCGGCCUGCCGCAGCACUUGGAAGGCACCGGAGGAGCCGACGGCGACGGGAGGAAGCAGGACAUUGGAGACAUUUUACAGCAAAUUAUGACCAUCACGGACCAAAGUCUGGACGAAGCCCAGGCCAGGAAACACGCUCUCAACUGUCACAGAAUGAAGCCGGCGCUUUUCAACGUUCUGUGCGAAAUCAAAGAAAAAACAGUGCUCAGCAUCCGCGGCGCCCAGGAGGAGGAGCCUCCGGACCCCCAGCUCAUGCGCCUGGACAACAUGCUGCUGGCGGAGGGCGUGUCGGGGCCAGAGAAAGGCGGGGGCUCGGCAGCGGCGGCGGCGGCGGCAGCCGCCUCGGGAGGGGUGGGGGCCGACAACUCAGCCGAGCACUCGGACUACAGGGCCAAGCUGUCCCAGAUCAGACAGAUCUACCACACAGAGCUGGAGAAGUAUGAACAGGCCUGUAACGAGUUCACCACCCACGUCAUGAACCUGCUGCGGGAGCAGUCGCGCACACGGCCCAUUUCACCCAAAGAGAUCGAGCGCAUGGUGAGCAUCAUCCACCGCAAGUUCAGCUCCAUCCAGAUGCAGCUCAAGCAGAGCACGUGCGAAGCCGUCAUGAUCCUGCGCUCCCGCUUCCUCGAUGCCAGGCGGAAAAGACGAAACUUCAACAAGCAGGCAACAGAGAUCCUGAACGAGUAUUUCUACUCACACCUCAGCAACCCCUACCCCAGCGAGGAGGCCAAAGAGGAGCUGGCUAAGAAGUGUGCCAUCACAGUGGCCCAGGUUUCCAACUGGUUUGGGAAUAAAAGAAUCAGAUACAAGAAAAACAUUGGUAAGUUCCAAGAAGAAGCCAACAUGUAUGCUGCAAGAACUGCCGUGAAUGCGGCUAAUGCAUCCUCACAUGGAAGCCAAGCAAAUUCACCCUCCACUCCAAACUCUGCAGGUUCUGCUGGCUCUUUUAACAUGUCAAACUCCGGUGACUUGUUCAUGAGCGUGCAGUCUCUCAAUGGGGACUCGUACCAAGGGGCUCAGGUGGGAGCCAACGUGCAGUCGCAGGUGGAUACCCUUCGCCAUGUUAUCAGUCAGACAGGCGGAUACAGUGAAGGACUCACAGCCAACCAGAUGUACAGUCCGCAGGGCAUCAACGCUAACGGAGGCUGGCCCGACGCUCCCACCCCCUCCUCAGUGACUUCCCCCACAGAAGGACCAGGAAGCGUUCACUCCGACACCUCCAACUGAUCCUCCGCUCUCCGACUCCCACCCACCGCUCUCCUCCUCCCCUCCGCCCCCACCCAUCCUGCAGGACUGGAUGUGACUCGAGGCAGUCGGGGUCUGGGGACAAUGCUUCCACCAUUUUUGUAGUUUUUUUUUUUCCUCUUUCUGUCUGGACCUCCUCAGCAGCUUUGCAGAGAGAACUCACGUCUGGGCUUCACAGUUUGUAUAUUUUCCACUCGAUGUCCAAGUUGCCUCUUUGUAUUUCACUUUCUAUCAUGAACUCCUACUGUCCGCUCCCAGCCCGCCGAGUGGCCACAUGAAACACACUCACGCUACCUCUGGUUUCAGCUCCAACACAGCAAGCGAUUCAACUGCUCCCAUUUAGCAUUAUCUUUCCCGCAGCCUGAUUGUUUGUACGGAUCCGUCGUGCCAAAGUUCAGCCCUGGAGGUGAAUUUGGGUUCAGUUUUAAUCUCGUUUACUAACAUCCUGCAGAGAUUCAUCCCUCUGAGCUUUUCCACAUGUUCUCUGCUUACAACCACAAACCUCACUGGGUUUUGAUUGGAUUUUAUGUGAUUGACAACAACAACAAAAAAUGUGCACGAAAAGAAAGAGGAUGAAAAAUGUGGAUAUAUGUUAUACAUAAAACUUCUAGAAACAAAUGAAAAUCUGAUAAGUGCGUCAUGAAUUUACAAUCUAUUCAGCCUCCCAUGUUUCAGCAGAUCGGGGCUCAGCAGCCUUUAUGACUUUAAGAGACAUUUUUGUCUUCGGUACAACUGAACGAUGAAGCUACACAACCCUUCAAAACAAAAUUACCAUGUUUUAUCAUACCUUUAUUUAUGAUUUUAUUUUUUAAA